CUCUGCAUCACAACCAAAUUGAUAAUAACAUUACAAAUGUUACUCAGAAUAUCAACAUGUUUAUGUUUAUUACAAUUAUUAACAGCAGAAAAAACUAGACUACACAUGGACGGUUUCAUAGUAGGAGGGAAUUAUUCCAUCAUAGAAGAUUUCCCACACGUGGCCUUUCUUCAUAUAAAAUGUAAAAAAGUUGGUGCUACUUAUUGUGGCGCUUCUAUAAUAAAUCAAGCGAUACUUCUAACCGCUGCACACUGUCUCCAUACAUGUACAAAUAAACAAAAUUUUUCCAUAAAGGCUUAUACAGGAAGCGUUAAAAAGUAUAAAGGAGACAAAUACGAAGUUGUUGGUUUUCAAGUUCAUGAACAGUACAUCCACAAGAACUUCUCCAACGAUAUAGCUAUGUUGGUACUUAAAGAGAACCUGAAGUUUGGUAAAGGUGUGCAGAAGAUUAGCUUGAUGAGAAAUGUGCCGCAGUACAAAAUAGCUGAGAUUGCGGGUUGGGGAUGGAUAGACGACCAGAACACAAAGACAGAUCUUCUCAAGUUUACAAGCCAAGUGAUUAUGAGUAAUGAGGAGUGUUUAAAGAAACUGCCAGGAAUACCCCCCGGGACCAUCUGCGGAUACAAUCCGGAUGGGAGUCAUCCUCAACGAGGAGACUCCGGCAGCGCGCUUGUGAUACAGAAACAUAUACAGAUCGGUCUCGCCUCCUUCUUUAAAAGGAACUAUUCCAACAAAACUCUUAUUUACACCAACGUCACGUAUUUCUAUGACUGGAUAGAUAAAACUGCAAAAAAUAUGUUCUGUCAAUUUGAUAAAAACAGUAAGAGAGGUUUGCCUGAUAACUGCAACUGUAACUGUAAUUGUAACUGUAACAACACUAUUAAUGAAAAUAAGAAGGCAAAGAAGAUGAAAUAUGGAUAA